AUGCUGAGCACAGCGCCUGCAGCAGAUGCCCCGCCCUCCGGCUUUGAAAGAAAGCUGAGCUCUUCAAUCCAGCGUCUUCGAGCCAAUAGUAUCUAUCAUGAGCGCUCCUUCGGAUCAGGCGAAGCCUCCAAGUCCCAACUGUAUCUCCAAAGACUGAAGUCAGUUAACCGCCACGCUGGCCACAACCUGAACAACGACGAGGCCCUCUUCUUCCUCUCGUUGCCUGACAAGAUCCGUCGUCUUCACUUCACCACUCAAGAGAACAUUCUGAUGCGGGCCGCAUGCGAGCUGCAACUUUCGAAGCAGCCUCGUCACGAAUCACGCCCUCCUCUUCCUCUGAGAUCUUGGACCGACGGAGCCGCCUCUAUCAGCCACAGCUACGCCAGGUCCUCUAUCAGCCGCGACACUAUGGCCGAACCUGCCUACAGUCCCUUGACUCCGACCGGUUCCGAUGGUGGCUACUCCUCGGCAUUCAGCAUCCGUACCUCGUCCCGUCCACGUACCGAGUCUCUCAAGUCUUCCACUGGUUCCAUCUUGCCUUUUAAUCCACUGGGCUGCCAUCCUCUUGCAAAGCCACGCACAUCCAGCUUGUCCUACAGUCCCUUCGAUUAUCCCAGGGCCGUUUCCAAGGCACCCGAGACUCCGCCUUCUACCACUCGACAGUACCUGGACCCGAAGACGAGAGCAAUGAUCCGCCAGUGUACCGCAUCUCCUGAAGCUUUCGACGAAGUUCUCAACUUUGGAUAUCUCGCCGAGGAGGACUUUCCUGCUGCUGACUCGCCGACCACUUCGGAAUACCAACUUGACGAAGGCCUGAGCUCAUCGGAUGGCAUGUCUGACGACGAAGAUGACUACUUCACACUCGACUCUGACGACGAACCUUGCACCCCAGGCUCGGAUGAUACUCUGGCCACUAGCUGGGACAUCCACUCCCCCUACGCGUCAUUCCAGCGUCUGGACAGUGGCUGCUAUCGUUCCAAGCCACGCCCGAUGACUCUCCGUGUCACUCUGACCAAGCCUGAGAACAAAUCAGUCAUGGACGACUCACCUACUCGUGCCAUCAAGUCCGAUCAAGAUGACCACUCGAGUCUGAGAGUUGAAGACCUUCUGGCACUUGAACGACUGACCUUCUCUGACGAUGUCACUGGAAUGUAUGGAGCUUUUGCCGUUACACCUACCAAGGACAGCAGCAAGAUGAAGAAACUCUUGAGAAGAUUGACAUCGCCUGCUCUGAAGCAAAUGAUGUGA